GUCCUAGAGCCGUCCCCCACCCUGCAGCCAGUCAAGAGCAAUCACCGUGUCUCACAGUAAAUGCAGCCGCGUACCGAGGCGCUUUUCCAGGCAUUAUCGACCAACUAUUAAUGUCCUGAAUCAGACAUUUUUCCCUGGUCUGUCAUCAGCCACAGACGAUCUGCUCUCCUAAUUCAUUUCUAUAUAAAGAUGGCCUCUCCUCAGCCUGGCAGCCCACCUCUCACAGAGCAGUACACCCCUCCUGCUCAGGAUGAAGAGCGCAAACAAGAGGAAGAGCUGAUGAGGGAUCAGCCUGCAAAAAAACGUGGCAGAGGUAGGCCUCCAAAGGCCAAACCUUCCUUCAAAUGCUCUGCAUGCACAGAGGCUUUCAGGAGUCUGUCCGCUCUGCAGAGCCACAAUCGUUUGGCACACGUAAAGGACAGUCCGGAACAACACUCGUGUUCUCAGUGUGCUAAAACAUUCUCGAGCAAGGCUCAACUCUCAAAGCAUGAGCGCACUCACUCAGCCCAGCGCCCCUUUCAGUGUCCAGACUGUCACAAGGCUUACAAGACACCCACAGAGCUACGCAACCAUAGCCGCUCUCACACCGGGGAGAAACCAUUUGUAUGCAUGGAGUGUGGUAAAGCCUUCAUGCAAGCUAUAUGCCUGAGGAUUCAUAUGACACAGCACAGUGGAGAGCGUCCUUACUCUUGCCGUCAGUGCUCUAAGAGCUACCCCACCCUGUCCAAACUGAAGGUGCACAUGCGCUCUCACACAGGAGAGAAGCCAUACUUUUGUUGUGAAUGCGGUAAGAGUUUUGCUGAUCCCUCUGUGUUCCGAAAACACAGGAGGAACCAUCAAGGCCAUCGGCCGUACGCUUGCGAUGAGUGCGGGAAAACGUACACAGAGCUGAAAGACCUGAAAAACCAUGAGCGCUCCCACACUGGAGAAAAACCAUACCUGUGUUCAGACUGUGGCAAAGCCUUCUCCCGCUCCUCCUCCCUGGCCUGCCAUCAACGCAUUCACUCCCAGAACAAACCCUAUCAGUGCGAGCAGUGUGGUAAGGGCUUCACCCAGCUCUCUUCCUACCAGUCUCAUCUCCGCACUCACUCUGGAGAGAAGCCGUUCCUCUGCCCACAGUGUGGCAAGAUGUUUUCUGACCCUUCCAGUUUCCGUCGCCACCAACGAGCCCACCUGGGUUUCAAGCCAUACCCCUGCGAUAAGUGUUCCAAGAGGUUCCGGCAGCCAGCUGAUCUGGCCGUGCACGAGCGGGUUCACUCUGGAGAGCGGCCUUACAAAUGCCAGAGCUGUGACAAGGCCUUUGUAGCAUCCUGGGAUCUGCGGCGCCACAUGCUCGUCCACACAGGCCUUAGGCCCUUCUCUUGCACAGAGUGUGACAAGUCGUUUGCUGAGCGCUCCAGCCUCAACAAGCACCGGCGUGUGCACUCUGGAGAGAGGCCUUUCAAAUGUGAGGAGUGCUUGAAGUCAUUCGUGGUGUCUUCGAGCCUGCGCAAACAUGAGAGGACUCACCUAGCUGAGCAGACUGAACAGCAGCAACAGCAGCAACAACAACAACAACAACAACAACAACAACACGAGACAGAGGCCGGGUCAGCCUCAGGCUUUACUGCCCACACAACUCUCCCACAGUUCUCCUGUGCUCUCUGUGAUGUUACUUUUGGAAGCUGGGAUGAAGUUCAGGCACAUGAGAAUUUUCACUCCAUCGAAUCUGCUCCUCCGACUGUUACCAAAAUUGUGCCCAUGGGCUCGCAUGUCUGUGAAACCUGCCAGGCAGAGUUUGCACAGCUGGCAGACUUGCAGGAGCACGAGAAGCAGCAUCCCAAGCCGAGGCCUCAUGUCUGCAACAGCUGCGGCAAAGGCUUCCUCAACAAAUCUGGACUGCGUAAACACCAGAAGAUCCACUCCACCAGCAAGCCUCACAGCUGCCCCCACUGUGGCAAGGCUUUCCUGUUUGCUGCCUACCUUCGCAAGCACUUAAGGACUCAUGCAGAUGCUGGCUCAGUAGCCACGCAAAUCAGCGACAUAAACAUUAUUCACACUGACCCGCUUCCCUCUCCUCCGCCACCCAGUGAGGUUUCCCCCUCCACUGUUGAACCCAGUGCCAUUUCCCUGACAGUUCCAGUGACUGUACCUGUGACUGCUUUUCAGACUCUGCCAGAGUAUUUAGUCAAAGAAGAGGGACUGUAAGCUUUUUUUUUUUAGCACUUUGGAGUUUUGGUUCCGCUAAAUAUUUAGCCAGUGGCCUUAAAUCUUUUUAGAUGAUGGCUCUGAUGAAGUGUUAUUUUACAAGAAACUUUUUUUUUUUUUUCAAGAAAGCUUAAAAAACUCAAAAUAGGGUCUCAUUUAUGUAAAAUGUCAGCGCUUUGUCAUUGUUUUCCAUUGUUAUAAUUGAAAGAUGUUGCAUAUCAUGUUUUAAAAUAUAUACUGUACUGUAAGUAGCCAGUUAUGAAAUGAUCCUCUCUGUUGUAAUCUCUUCAUAAAAUCGUGGUGUUGCAAGCGUGUGCUGAUCACUCAAGCUGUUGUGAUUUCAGGUAAAUGUGUUUUUUAAUGCUUAUAAAACUACAAUCUGUCUAAAGUUCUUUGAAUUUACAUUUUGUCGGAACAAACAAUUUGUAACUGUUUUACUGUGUAAUUAUCAGUCAUCUAAUGUUAUAAAAAAUGUUGAUUACAAAAAACAAACCAAAAAAAAUCGUAAGUCAGUUGUUCAUUCAGAUGAAUCACCUUUUAUACCAAUAAAAUAUGUGUAAUGUGUAAAAGAAAAAA